AUGGAGGCUGUAGGCCACACCCACUCUCACGAUGGCGGCUUAACGGCACAUUCUCACGGUGGCUUCUCUAUUGCCGAGCAUGGACACUCACACGAGAUUCUUGGUGGGCCGGGGAGCUUUCUUGGCCGCGAGAUGCCUAUUAUUGAGGGCCGGAACUGGAAUGAGCGCGCCUUUACCGUAGGCAUUGGAGGACCCGUCGGCUCCGGCAAGACCGCCCUCAUGCUGGCCCUGUGCCUCGCCUUGCGCUCGCAGUACUCCAUCGCUGCCGUCACCAACGACAUCUUCACGCGCGAGGACGCCGAGUUUCUCACGAAGCACCGGGCGCUGCCCGUGAGCCGCAUCCGCGCCAUCGAGACCGGCGGCUGCCCCCACGCCGCCGUCCGCGAGGACGUAUCCGCCAACCUCACCGCCCUCGAAGAUCUUCACCGCGCCUUCGCCACCGAUAUUCUGCUCAUCGAGUCUGGCGGCGACAACCUCGCUGCCAACUAUAGUCGCGAGCUCGCCGACUUCAUCAUCUACGUCAUCGACGUCAGUGGCGGCGACAAGAUCCCUCGCAAGGGCGGCCCCGGCAUCACCCAAAGUGACCUCCUCGUCGUCAACAAGACUGACCUUGCUGAGGCCGUCGGCGCUGACCUCGCCGUCAUGGAGCGUGACGCCCGCAAGAUGCGCGAGGGUGGCCCAACCGUUUUUGCCCAGGUCAAGAAGGGCGUCGGUGUUGACCACAUCAUCAACCUCAUCGUUAGCGCCUGGAAGGCCAGUGGCGCCGAGGAAGCUUGUAGAGCAAAGGGGGGUCCGAAACCCACGGAGGGUCUGGAGACGCUGGUCUAA